AAACCUUUAAUAAAUCCAAGCUGAACGGAAUCGUUCUCAAGCGGCUCGAAUUGGUAGUAGACAUAUUGUUCCUACCUCCCCACUCCACGACCACUUGGCUCAGCGUUUCUUCCUCGUUCGUUACAGGCAAGCACAGCUGCACAAAGCUUUACCUAUUGAAAAUCACGAUCACGAUUUAUCGUCUCUAAUUAUUAUUUUUCUUCGAAACUUUUUACUUUUUAGCAUAAGCAGGCGCUUCGGCGUCCGAUAAUUCCAACAUUAGAACCGAAUAUCAAUUCUAAAUCGAUAAACGUGAGGUUCUCCUUUCGUAUGAAAUACGCUUGGGUAGGAAGGUAACUGUUUUCUAACAAGGGUAUAGCCCGACCAACAUUUAAACGAGUGUGGGUAGGUACAGGACUGGCCCAAGUUAUUCGUUCGGCUCAUUUACUUUAGAAUUCUUCUUUUCUAUUAGUGCUACAAUUAUUUUGAUUUAAUACCUUCUAUAAUCCUUAUCUAUUUUGAUCAAAAAAAAAAAAAAAAAAAAAAAAAAAAAAAAAAAAAAAAAAAAAAAAAAAAAAAAAAAAAAAAAUCUUUUUUAGACUACAAGAAGCGUUUCCUAUAUUAUACGUUCCAAAGAUAUGUUUUUUAAUUGUUCAAGAAAAGUCUUUAACACAGGAGGCCAUAAUAUACUUGAUCAUAAACCUACAUUCCCAAAAUAUAUAGCUUCUAAUGCCUUCGAGACAGAUCGAUGAUAUUAUAUUUAUUUGAAAUGUUACAGUAUUCUAACGCGUUAUCUUUUCUCACUUGUAUUAACUGUAGAAUUUUCACGCUCUAUAAGAUCAACAAGAUAUCUCUGAUUAUUAUAUUGCUUCUUAUCUCCGUUGGACCCAAACAUUCGACGACGAGUCAAUUGUAUCUACAUGAGCCAUCUUCGUACGUUUUUCAUGUUUUUCUAGCGUUAUAUGUCUUUUUAACAAAUUCCAUCGCUAUGCCGAUCGUUAUCGUGACGAAAGCAGCAUGCGCCGUAUGACCGUCAGUAAUUUCUACUGCAUUCAAUUGAAUUACAUUACACCGUAAUACGAGAUAUUAUAUAAUUUUUGUAUAUUUGCUUGAAUAUAACUUUGUACUUUUGUACCAUAUACAUGUACAUGGCACUGUAAAGUAUGAGAAAUUUAAUAUCAAGUUACUUCAAAGACAUUUGAAUAUUAAUAAAAAAUAUGAUAUUUACCAUACAACAACAAAUGUUGGAACUGUUCCAAGAUUAAUCAAGUUAUCAAUAUCUGUUAAACCUCGACAGUACAUAAUUUCAAAAAAAUUAACUGAACAAAUCAAAUGUGUUAGGUAAUACAGGCCGUGUAAUGACAAUUGUCUAGCCAAGAUAACAUCAGUAUAUACUUGGUCGUUUUGUGUAUCCUACUACGGGUCUACAGAAAUGUUCCUCCGUCACUGCAUCACGUGACAUGUCUCUCUCUACCCAGCCAAGAUAGAAAUGGGCUGGCUGUUUGGGAGAUUAAAGACCUCGAGAGUUCGUUGGGUAGCAUGGGCAUUCUCCGAUCAAUGAAAAUCCAGAAAAAUAUUGGAUUCCGAGGAGAUUUAACACGUGUUAAAUUCGGUGAAGGAGUGCGAGAUUGGUUUCGAACUUUAAAAGAUCGUCUGUUAGGAAGGAAAUCUGAAUAUAACGAUUCAGAAAAUGGAGAAAUGAUAAAUCUCAACAAAGCUGAGAUACAAGAUCGCGUUCGUAACUCUGGUGGAUUCUUUGUAGAUUUGUCUAAAAUAACAUUUGAUCCGAAAUACGAUAUCGGAUUUCGUAUUGGUCGUUGGUAUUUCAUUCGAAUGGGAGACACAAUUAAUAAUGAAUUUGUUUAUAAUGAUUCGAGGGAAUGGGAUAUGCCUUCUUCAUUCAUGCCUGAUCAAUCAACGCAUCAAUUAUCCGAUAAUGAUUGGUCAAAUGAUAAUUAUAACAAUAUAUUCAAGACCAUGUUGUCUCCAUCAACCACGGAAACUACAUUUUCGACGGAGCAAACCAUAACGGAAAGUGAUGCAAUUGAAAGUUAUACUACCGAGGCAUCUGUGAUACUACUGGAAAACAACGAAACUGAAUCAAUAGGCAAUUCAGCUUCUGUUGAAGUUAUAUUCCCGUAAUAAAGUAAUCUUAAAUCUAUAAUAUACAUCUGUCAAUUAUUAUUUGCUUAUUAUUUUCUAUAUAAUUAAUUAUAUAUAAAAAAUUAUACAUAAGAUGAUGUUUAUUAUCAAGAAGAACACUAUUUUAUUUCAUAAAAUUUAUCAUAAUUAUUAUCUCAAUAUUAUUGUUCAAAUUAAUUAUAACAAUUUUUAUGUUGAUGUUAUGGACAUUGUGGCCUUCCUGAUGUGUAGUGGGUUUACUGCAAGAUAAAUGAUCAUAUUAAAAUUAAGCACACGAAAAUACUAUGAGAAGCUGGUUAGAAUUGCAAAGGAGUUACUAUAUCUAUAAUCACACUUUGUUUAAGCCAAGCCAAACCAAGCCAAGCCAUAAGCCAAACAAAAGAAUUAUUUAUUGUUAUAAAUUUAUGCAAUAUAAGAAAAGAAUAAGCAAAGUUAGAUUCAUUCAAGUCAGCAUGAUUUAUUUUAAUGAGGGGCUUUUAUAUUAUUGUAAAAGUAGAUUUAUAUUACUAUUACACUUCUAAGUUGAUUACUAAAUAUGUUAGCAAGUAAAGAAAAUAAUUAUUAAUUAUAAAUAAUAUUAAAACACACAUUUUUCUUUUUUUUUUUUUUUUUUUUAGAUUAAAACAUACUCUUCAUACGUUUAGCUAUCUAAUAAAUUAUCUAGUGAUUUACAAAUCAUGUAUUAUAAGUAUUGAAACUUCUACAGCAAAUUUGUAGUUAUUUAAGAAAGCAAUUGAAAAGAUACAUUUCAAAUAAAAUCAAACAAUAUGAAAUACUAAUUAAAAUCAUAAUCAUAUCAAACACAAUAGAAUUUGAGAUUACAUGCUGACCAUAUAUAAGCGUCAGAAUAAGAGACUAUUCCUUCUUGAGGUUUGUAGUGCAAAUGAUGAGCAUUUGUCUACUUUCUCCCCUAGAAAGUAAAUAAAAAGCAUAUUCCACCAUAGCAUGCAUGAAAGAGAAUAAACGACCAUAUAAACAAUUGUUGUGAUAUUAAUUUAAAGUAAUAGAACUUUAAUAAAAAAUCAUAUAC